AUGGUCACCAGCGGCUUAGAAGAGGCGCCAGAGGCACUGCGCUACCUCUCUGGCUUUGGCAAUGAGGCGACCAGCGAGGCGCUGCCUGGGGCGCUACCUGUCGGCCAGAACAACCCAAGGAUCUGCCCCUACGGCCUGUAUGCGGAGCAGCUGAGCGGCACCGCCUUCACGGCGCCUCGCGCCCAGAACCGCCGCAGCUGGCUAUACCGCAUCCGGCCCUCGGUCACGCACGAGCCCUUCCACCCCCUCAACUUCCCUGCCGAGACGCUGACCGCCGACUUCAGCCGCGGCGUGGUGACGCCCAACCAGCUGCGCUGGCGCCCCUUUGCCAUCCCGGAAGACAAGGUGGACUUUGUGACGGGGCUGUUCACCAUCUGCGGAUCGGGCAGCGCGACCUGCAAGGACGGGUUUGCCAUCCACAUGUACACCUGCUCCGCAUCCAUGGGCGACAGCUGCCUGGCCAACGCAGACGGAGACUUCCUCAUCGUGCCGCAGCUGGGCGGCCUGUUCAUCACAACUGAGUUUGGGCGGAUGCACGUGGCCCCCGGCGAGAUCUGCGUCAUCCAGCGAGGCAUGCGCUUCAGCGUGGCGCUGCCAGACGGGCGGUCGCGGGGCUAUGUGCUGGAGGUCUUCGCCUCCCACUUCCAGCUGCCAGACCUGGGACCUAUCGGCGCCAAUGGCCUGGCCAACCCUCGCGACUUCCAGACCCCCACCGCCUGGUUUGAGGACCGGGCCUGCAGCUACAGCGUGGUGCACAAGCUGGAGGGGCAGCUGUUCUCUGCCGCCCAGUCCUUCUCGCCCUUCAACGUGGUGGCCUGGCACGGCAACUAUGCGCCCUACAAAUACGACCUGGCCAAGUACUGCCCAGUCAACUCGGUCAGCUUCGACCACCCAGACCCAUCUAUCUUCACGGUGCUCACCGCCCCCUCUGCCCUGCCGGGCACCGCCAUCGCCGACUUUGUCGUCUUUCCCCCCCGCUGGACCGUGGCGCAGCACACCUUCCGCCCGCCCUACUACCACAGGAACGUCAUGUCUGAGUUCAUGGGUCUGAUCCGGGGCGUGUACGACGCCAAGGCGGACGGCUUCCUGCCAGGCGGUGCCAGCCUGCACUCCUGCAUGACGCCCCACGGCCCCGACACCAAGACCUUUGAGGCGGCCACGGCGGCAGAGGCGGAGCAGAUUGGGCACCUGCCCAGGGACACUCUGGCCUUCAUGUUUGAGACCUACUACACGCCGCGCCUCACGCCCCACGCCCUGGGCGCACCCAACAUUGAUCGCAACUACUAUCAGUGCUGGGUGGGCCUGACCAGCCACUUCGACCCCAGCUGGACGCCCGAGAAGGCGGCGGCGGCCGAGGCAGCAGCGGCCGCCGGCAGCAAGGCAGCCGGCGGCAGCGCCACGCCGGCAGCAGGAGGGGGCGGCGGGUAG